AUGGCGACCCAAGUGUUGACGACUGGUUCGGACGGCAAGCAAGUGGACAUAUCUAGGUGGAAUAUCCUCUAUCCCAACUACUUGAAUGCUGUCAAGACUGUGCCCGAAGGGCGGAGAAUAGCGAAGGCUAAGUGUGUCGAGAACCCGACAGUUGUGGAGAUGGGUGAGGCUUGUCGAGAACUGCACAUACCAUGCGUAUUAGAGGAUAAGUGCUAUCCCCGAGAUUGGUUGGUACGUGGUAGACUGAGAGUAAAGCUUAGUGAUGAUAAUGGCAAGCCGCUGGUAUCAGAGAUACCCGGAAAGCGACAACUACUAGAGAAGAUGGGCGAGGUCAUACCCACACUGAAGUCGCGGACACAUCCUGUGAAGAAGGCGGAGGAGAACCAUCAUGGUAAGGAGGCGCCGCCAGCAUCGUCCUCGGCCAAGGCGGCGGCGACCACCACCUCCCAUCCUCAUAAGAGUAACAAGAAGAGGAACAAGCGGAAAUAA